CUCGGCUCUGUCGCUCCCGCGGCGCGAGGCGCUCUCGCUCUUCUCCUCCGCCCCUCCCCCCGCGCAGCCGCCGCCGCCGCCGCCGCCGCCGCCGUCCCGAGACCCCAGCGCACGGCGCGCCCUCCCUCGUGCGCCCCUGCGGCCCCCCGCGGAGAACGAGAGGGCGAGCGAGCACGGCGCUCCCGGCCCAGCCCGGUCCCCCUGUCUUCACCAUCGCCGGCCCUCCGCCGCCUUCCUUCGCUUCCACCUCCACUCCCCCCCCCCUCCAAGUAGAGGCCCCCAUCCGGGGGGGGGAGGCCCGGGUCCCGGAGCGGAUUCCCCCCAACUCCCUCAGGCCCGCCCCCGCCCGGCCCCAGAGUGACGAGGGCCCGGGCCGGCCCGCGUCCAGAGUGAGGAGGACCCCGGGCGGGCCCACGGGCCGUCUGGGGCCUGAUCCGGUCCCGCCAGGCGUGUGAAGUCAGGGGCCCUGCCCGGCCCGGCCCGGCCCGAGGGCGAGCGGAGGGGAGGGGCCUGGUCUGGUCCGGCCCGGCCGGUGCGCGAGGACUGGGGCCGCGGCCCCGCACGGCCGCCGCCGCCGCCGCCGCCGCGAUGGCCCAGCAGCAGAUGACCAGCUCGCAAAAAGCCUUGAUGCUUGAGCUGAAAUCCCUGCAGGAGGAACCGGUGGAGGGCUUCCGGAUCACCCUGGUGGAUGAGUCCGACCUCUACAACUGGGAGGUGGCCAUCUUCGGACCCCCUAACACCCUCUACGAAGGCGGCUACUUCAAGGCACAUAUUAAAUUUCCUAUUGACUACCCAUAUUCACCACCUACCUUCAGAUUCUUGACCAAAAUGUGGCACCCCAACAUUUAUGAGAAUGGAGAUGUAUGCAUUUCAAUUCUUCAUCCGCCUGUAGAUGACCCACAGAGUGGAGAACUGCCCUCUGAAAGGUGGAAUCCUACUCAGAAUGUGAGGACUAUCCUGUUAAGUGUAAUCUCACUGCUUAAUGAGCCCAACACCUUUUCUCCAGCCAACGUGGACGCCUCAGUCAUGUUCAGGAAAUGGAGGGAUAGUAAAGGAAAAGACAAGGAGUAUGCUGAGAUCAUCAGGAAACAGGUCUCGGCCACUAAGGCUGAAGCAGAAAAGGAUGGAGUGAAGGUCCCCACAACCCUGGCAGAGUACUGCAUCAAAACUAAAGUGCCUUCCAAUGACAACAGCUCAGAUUUGCUCUAUGACGACUUGUAUGACGACGACAUUGAUGAUGAAGAUGAGGAGGAGGAAGAUGCCGACUGCUAUGAUGAUGAUGAUUCUGGGAAUGAGGAGUCGUGACAUGUUCCUUCAGUGCCCCUGUACUGCCCUGACGUCUCAGGCCAAAGGGAGGGGAGCAAGUGGGGAUCUAUGGUGGCCCCUCAGCAAAAACUCACUCAUGGGGUGGGGAAACACACACAGCUCCUGCUGACACCCCUGCAGAUCUCAGUUUGCUCCUUUUGAUGGACCGUUACUGGAGAGAAAGUACCCUCCACGGAAUGUCUGGAUUCUUGCGUUCUUGACCCUCUUAUCACUGUAUUGAUUCUUUUUAAAAAACAAAAACAGCCACCACCCUUCAAACUCCCACCUCACUUCAUCUCUGCAGAAUGUUCACAGCAAAACACGUUUGUCUGUUUUUAGAUUCUUAAAGAUUAGUCUGUUUAAGACAUUCAUGUGUUUAAAGCUGGGAACCCACUGGGAGUCCACAAGUGCUGCAUAUAUUGGGUAGCAAAAGAAAAUGGGGGGAAAAAAACUACAAAACCAA